CCUCUAUCUAAGUAUAUAGGUUGGCUAUUUUUGAUCGAUGAUGACAUACGGUAAGAGGUCAGAAUACUGUAAUCGGAAGAGGCAGGCCUGUGUAUAAUUGUUUUAUUAAUAUAUGAUUAAUAAUCUACUUCGCAUAUUUAUUGAGGUGGUUUGUACUAAAGAGGGUUACUUUAAUUCUACCUAAUUACUAGUGCAUUUAUGCACACACAGUUUUGAAGAAAGCAGAUUUUAACUUCAGCCUUACUUUCCAUACUGGAUUCAGCGAGGUGUACUUAUACCAAAAUGGCAUCUUACGGCAAGGGAGACUUUGGGUCGGAGAUGUAUGAUGCAUCUUACAUAAAUUCAGGCGGAAGAAGUAAUACAUCAGAUUUUAACAGACUUUCACAAGUCAUUGGAAGCAAUAUACAGAAAAUCAACACUAAAGUGAGUGAAGUUCAACGAAUGGUCGAUAAGUUGGGGACACGUGAAGAUGAUCAUGAUCUGCGUACGAAACUUGAUGAGGUCCAGCAUUUCACCAACCAGCUUGCAAAGGAAACCAAUUCACAUCUGAAGGAUAUGGCUUCACUUUCUUUAUCAGGACAAGAUACAAGGCAGGCUAGGAUGCAGAAGGAGAGACUGACAAAUGACUUCUCAACAGCCUUGAACCAGUUCCAACGGGUGCAACGGGAGGCUGCUCAACGACAGAGAGAAUGUGUGAAUAGGGUCAGGGCUUCCUCUGGCUUAGGCACUUCUGCUAACCCCUACGAGGACAAUGGUCACAAUGAAGACCUACUUGGAUUAGGUGGAUCUGGUACAACUACAUCACAGGUGAUGUUUCAAGAGGAUGACUUAGAAUCACUACAGGAAAGGGAAGCCCAGCUGAAGAAGCUUGAGUCUGAUAUUUUGGAUGUUAAUCACAUUUUUAAGGACCUUGCUCAUAUCGUCCAUGAACAAGGGGAGAUGAUAGAUAGCAUAGAGGCAAAUGUAGAGUCGGCAGAAAUCCAUGUUGAGGAAGCCAACGUUCAGCUGCACAAAGCUAGGGAUUAUCAGAAAAAAUCCAGAAAGAAGAUGUGUUGUAUUUUUAUUUUCUGUAUCGUUCUACUUGGUAUCAUAGCAUUAGUCCUUUACUUGACACUAAAACCAUAGAAAUAGCAGUCUGCUACCAAAUCGAUGUGGGUUUACAUUGUGUAUAGGUCUCCCUCUAAUUAAAGACCCUCCAAUUAGAGACCACCUCCAAUUAAGGACCACAUUUUUGUGACCCCCAUAUUAACAAAUGUGUUUGAUCUUUAUUUUAAUUAUAUCACCAUGUAAACCCUGGUCCCAAAAGUGGUCUUUAGUUCGAGGGAGACCUGUAGUCUCUUAUCAGAAAACUAAAAUUGUACAGUUAGAUAUUAAUGCAAUUGUAUAUCAUUUUACUUCUUUUUCUGUUGGAUUUUUUUAGGCAAAAACAAUGAAAUUAAUUUUUUUCUUUUUCAUUUCCAAUUUCUUCUAAGUACAAGGUCAAUAUCAAAGGUUAAUGCUAUGCUAAUGUAAGGUUAAUGAUUUUCCAAUAGAGUGCUUUCGAUUUGCGAUGACAUAGAACGUAAUUACAUCAUAUUAAUUUAAUUGCGCAUGUCUGAACAUCGUGCAUUAUUGUUCUCUCCUUAAAUCUUGAAUGGUUGUCGACCGAAUCAAAAUUCAGGCCAGAACAAGGACUGUACUGUAUUAAAUAUUGGUGCGUCAACCUUUUGCAUUUUUGACACAUCCGUGUACACUCGGCAAGAAAUCAAAAUGUAUUUAAAGUAGAACACCUGUUUCACGUUCCCGUUCUACGUUUUCAAUCAAAAGCGACUUAAUGUCAAAGUGCUGCUGCAUUGAUGAAUACUCCCCGGGGUACUGAGUAUGUGUUACUGGGUACGUGUUUGUUCCAAUCACUAGGGUAAUAAUGUGAAGUGCAUAGAGGCCUUGACAUAUGCUGUAUAAGACUAGAAAUGUUAUUUUAGGGAUACUCCUAUACAAAGCACCAUUGAUGUAAUCAGGUGUUUUCAUGAUUAAAUGAAGUAUUUUAUUGUAUUUAUUAUCAGUCAUCCAGUGAUUUUAAAAAGUAUACUGUAUAUUGUUAAUUAAUGUUGGUUGUAUUUUUCUGUUACCCUUAUAAGGUCACUGUCCAGGUUAACAGGAUAUUAAAAAAUUGCCAAAUUAUUAUGUAAUAAUAUAAUUAUUACCAUAAUAAUUAAUGUUUGGUACACAUUCACAUGCGGUUUUUAACAAAUUCUAUUAUAAUACACAGGUUGUGUAAAUGUAGGUCAUAUUCUGCUUUGUAAUAUGACUAAUUAGCGUAGGAUUCACACUAAUAAUUUAGAUAAAAUUUGUGGCACAAUGGUGAAGCUGCAGGCUUUAAUGGUAAAUCAGGGGUUCGAGUCUACUAUGAUCACUUGUGUGUGUCCUUGAGUAAUGCACUUUACCUAUAUCUAGCACUCUACCCAGGGGAUUAUUGAGUGAGUGGCAUAAUUGUAUGUCAGUUCAAGCUGAGUAUGUGUUCCAUUGUGAUUGAUCCAAUCACUGGGGUAAUUCUGUGAAACGCGCACAGCAUGAUGUGCUAUAUAAAACUUCGAUAUUAAGUUUGAGCAGGCAGUUGAUUAAGUAAGUUGGUGCUUAAUCUAGCUAGGCCGGGCACACAUUGCAUUACCCAACUGUCGACAGACAAACUCAUUAUUGCUUUCUCUGUUAACGCUUCACAUCGCUGCCUGCUGAUUGUCUGUCUCUAGAAUCGCUUUGACUGACGUAUGCCUACAUGCUGUGUGCCUGGCUUAACUGUGCAUAAACAUUGAUCAACAUUUUACAAUAUUUCAUAAUUGUAAUAUAUUACAAUUUCACAAUAUCAACAUUUUAGAAGAUAAAGUGAGGCAUAUAAGCAGUAUGGAACUUCUGUAUGUAAUUCAAUGUUUUUAAAUAUAAGAAAUUAAUUAAAAAUGAUUGAAAAUAUAAAAAAAACAGGUCUCUCUAUUUUAAAACCCUCCAAUUAAAGACUACUUUUCUGUGGUCGCAAAAUAACAAAAUGUCUUUUAUUAUUCUAAUUAGAGACCAAACUUGCUAAAGACCAAUGAAACACCAGUCCUAAAAGUGGUCUUUAAUUGGAGGUAGACCUGUACUAGUUUAGCUGAUACAUAUUGAAUCUGAUAUUUUUUAUAAAGAUUAUUAUAUAAAUAAUAAUAAUUAAUAUAUUACAAGGGAA